CGAGGAGAAAUGGUCCCGGCUCUCUCGAUCAGGCCGAACAGAUUUCAUUUGAAUCAAUCGUAGCCCAGUUUCCUGUUCAUUUCACACCCCCGUGGUCGGGUCACGGCAUAUCCCCAUGCGCAACGGAGUCCUUUCGCUUUGUGGGACCCCGCGGAAGAAUCCUGGCGCAGUUCGUUGUCGACCAGCUGAACCAUUGGAGGUCCUGGAAACCGCAGGACGCGUUCACCAGUCCGCGGAGAGUAAUUCUUCGAAAUUUCGAAGCCUUGUCGUCCACGACAGCAAGAACAAAUUGAUUCGAACGACCUUCCGGAUUUCACGAAGGUUUAGCGAGAUAUUCGGAGGUGCUCGCGCGAUGACGGACGCGAACAGCAACAAAGGAGCCUCCGGGUCCUCGAAGAGGUCCUUUGAGCAAGCGAAGAAGGAGCUGCAUUCGAUAGUCGCUAAAAUCGAGGAGACUGGCCUGACGAACAGGACGCUGAAGCUGGUCCACGCGCAGUCCUUGCUGCGACCACGGGGAUCGAAGAUCCGCAAGAGACACCUGUGGAUCCUGCUGAUCUUCGCGUGGAUUCUCGGACAGCUUCUGUGGAACCAUGUCCGCGUUGCUCGCGACGACCGAUGUCUGGCGGGGCUGCCCUCCUUCACGCAGAAAAUUUUCCGGCCGGCGGAGGAUUGCUCGAUUUGCCGGGACGUUCAACAGGUUGACAGAAUAUCGAACGUGGUUCCUGGGACUUUCGAGGAACGCUACGCUUAUUCCGGAAGGCCGGUGGUGGUCACCGACGCCACGACGAACUGGACAGCGCCGGGGAUCUUCUCGUUCGCGUUCUUCAAGUCGCUGUACGACGGCGAGAACGCCAACUGCCAGUUCUUCCCUUAUAAAACCGGGUUCAAGGGUCUCCAAGACGUUUUCAACAUGAGCGCGAGCAGAUCCUUGCUGGAGAAGGGCACGGAACCGUGGUACGUUGGAUGGAGCAACUGCGACGAGAAGAUCGGCAACAUCCUCAGGCAGCACUAUCAGCGGCCGUAUUUCCUGCCGUCCACCGCCGAGACCGAGAAGACCGACUGGAUUUUUAUGGGGAGCCAUGGCUACGGUGCCCCGAUGCACGUGGACGACGUGGAGCAUCCUUCGUGGCAGGCGCAGAUCAAGGGGGCGAAAGUGUGGGUCCUGGAGCCGCCCAGAGAAUGUCACUACACCUGCAACAGGCUGGAGAUCGUGGUGCAGCCCGGCGAGAUAAUUGUCCUGGACACGAAUCGCUGGUACCACCAAACGCAGAUCGUGUCGGAGGAGAUGAGCAUCACUAUCGGAGCGGAGUACGACUGAAGACGGAGGAGUUCAGUUCGAAUUGUUCGGCAAGCAGAGAUACGUGUAUAUCAGUAUUUUAUGAUCAUCCAGCGAAGUUAUUGUAAUUAAUACAGUUCUAGUAUAUACGCGAGGAUCAAUAAAAAAGUCGUUUUAUUCUC